CGUUGUCCGCUUUCCCUCAGAUAACACCGCUCAAGGUACUUAAGGUAUACCGCGUGUGCUUCGUCGCCCGCAACAGUCACUGCGCAGAACCAUGUCCGUUCACCUCGUGCCGACCCUCCUGCCAGCUUUAGCCGCCCUGCUCCUCUUAUCGUACAUAGUCCUGCGACUUCGGUAUCGCUUCCCCCCUGGUCCAAAAGGGCUGCCAAUCAUCGGCAACGUCUUCGAUGUGCGGAAACCAUUCCAAUGGUUGAUAUACCAGGAAUGGAGUCGCGAACACAGUAUCCGAAUCGUGUUACGCUCUAUGACGUCCUUCAUGACCUGGAUUUCUGACAGAUUCCAAUAUCGUACAUUUUGAGAUCCUCGGGACUCACUUCGUGGUCCUGAACUCUGCGAAGGCUGCAGCUGACCUUUUCGAGAGACGGUCUAAGAUAUAUUCUGACAAGUGAAUGCCUGUCCUCUAUCAUAACAUGUGCAUAGU